ACAUCGAGGGGUAGUGAUAGCGUAGGAAUGCAGAAUUUUGGCUGAUUGUCAAAAAUAGUUAUUUUGGAAUCCAACAGAAAGAGAGAGAGAGAGCGGGAGGGAAGUUGGUCAGACUAAGCACUUGAUAGUGAUGGCAGAGAAGAAUGUGAUUGAUGAUCGGAUAACGGCGACUAUUCGGGAAAUAUAUCGUCUACAUAGUUUACAGCUUAAGGAUAAAUCAUGUGAUUUAGAGAGAUCCUUAUCCAUAAGAGAACCGUUUUACUGUUUAAGAAGGGUGCCAAGAUUUUUAGUACGACCUGAUUUACACAGUUCUUCGGAACCUGCUUAUACUCCGUUAGUCAGACUGGACGACGCGUCUACAGAUGAUUUAACCUGGAAGGUACCAGUCUCUUGUCGAAAGUUGCUUGUUGAAGGGGACGAUGGAAGCGGAAAAACAAUGAUAUGUUUUCGUCUGAUUCACGGAUGGUACGACUUGUGGCGGAAACACCCUAAUAUGCCUGAGCACUGUUUGUAUAUCAGCGGUACCCAAAAUUUUGACACGGUGGAUGCCGAAUCAGAAAUCACAUCAUGUAAAGAAUUCAUUUCCUUGAUUACUCAAAGUGUUUUAACACAAAUAAACUCUAUUUUACCUGCAAUAAAUAUCAGUAAAACAGAAAUUCAAUCAUGGAUUCUUGCUAAUGCUCACAAGAUGGCGCUUAUUGUGGAUAAUAUGUGCAUUACGUCACAGCUUUUUGAAUAUAUUUGUGAUUUAAUCGGGGACAAUCAGCUCACUUUCUCGAGAUUAUUAAUAUUUACGAAACCAGGGCUACUACAUAAGACUAACGUGGAUUGUUUGUUCUACAGUUACGGUCUAAGUAUUGGAUACAGUCAUAGAGUUUUUACAAAACAUUUGGAAAAACAAUAUGGAGAAAUCGACCAUAUUAUUACACCUAUCCUUAGAUUCGAUCCGUCGAUGGAACUCUUCCGUAACCCUUUAUCGUGUUCUUUAUUGGGUAGUUAUCUUGAACUUUAUUUAUGGGAUAACGGCAUGGAUAUACCAGCGCCAUCUUGUAAACUGGACCUUCUGGAUUCUUUGAUCCACGUCUCCACGUCUAACUUGAUUACGGUAUGCCGUGCGUCUACUAAAACGUGCACAACGCAAGACAUCAAACACUUUAUUGAAAUCCUCGAAAAACUAGCAUUUAAAGGAAUUCAGACCGGUUCCUAUUAUAUUUCGAAAAAUGUUUUACCAGAAAUUUUCCACGAUCAGCACAUCUGCGACUUACAUUUCCUGUACGAAGUGCACAAUCUUGAUGACGUAGUUCCUCACGCGAUCAGCUUCACGGGUAGAUGUUUUAGGGAUUAUUUUGCGUCGCGUCACGUGUGUAAACAAAUGAGCGCUUCGUUACAGUCAGACGAUAACUUCCAUCAAGAAAUUCUGUCCUCCAGAUAUUCGUCAUUAUGGAGUCUAUGUGCCCGUAGUUUCUACAGAGACAGUAAUUAUUCUCUGUUAUGUUGGAUUAUAGAAAGUUUGUUAAACAAAGUUCAAUCUCACCAGUAUAUUAAACAAUCCAAUACUGACGGUGGUGAAAGCACGAGAGCCGGGCUAAAAUAUGUAUCAAAGAUUUUACAUUGUUUAAAAGAAUGCGAAUUUGAGGCAAUGCUGACGUAUAAAGUAUGCGCUGGGUUUCCUGAAAUCCUAGAAAUAUCUUUUAACCAAUGUCCAUUGGAUACGAUACAAAACUUUAUCUCCCUUUGCUCUGUAACGUCACCGAGAUGCCAAGAAGUCAGCGUUUAUUGGGACAAGCUGAAUAUUGAAAGAAGUGUGACCGAAGCUCUAUCAUCAGCAAUAAACAGCCUACAAACUGUCAAUGGCUUGGUUGUUCGAGCAACUAGUAUAGACAAUACAGACCAGUUUGCACGGUUUAUAUGUGGCAUUUUUGAUAAUAAUUCGUCAAUUGAAUGUUUGACCAUCGGUGGUCCGUUAAACGCCGUUCAUAACAUCAGCCAACAUGGGCGAAACAAUAUUUCAAAAGUUUUCGUUAAUCCUAAACUUGUUUUACGGAAACUUGCAUUAGAGAACUUUAACUAUCAUUAUCGUUCUAUGUACGUAUUAAACUGUUGGCCGGCCAUCUUCCAUACGAUCCGUGUUAAGAAGUGUAGCCUCGAUUCCGCGGGAAAGGCAAUUGCAAGACUUACUGAAAACUUUGAGGAGUUCCACGAACUUUGUAUAGAAUUUUGUGCCUGCCCCCCAAAGACUUUGUUACAGAUUUUUUCUGGAGUGGACAACUGUCGGCAUUUGACAGUCUUUAAAUUAAGUUAUCUCUGUACCAAUCGUAUCGUCUCCAAAGUUUACGUCAAACACCCGAAUUUUAAAACGUCAUUCAAUGAAUCGGUUAGUUUAGGUCUUAGUAAUCUGUUGGGCCGUUUGCCGAAUCUUGCCGAAUUGCAACUAUGCUAUAACGGUAUAGACGAUGCAAGUGCAAAAGUUAUAAUAGAAGGCGUUUUCAACACAAGGCGGCUGACGUAUAUAGAUAUAACAGGUAAUAAUCUGACGGAUGUAUCGGUAGAUGUAAUGGUUUCUAUUAUACAUACACUUCCUAACCUUCAAACUUUACUGCUAUGCGAUAACAGUUUUACAACUUCAGGUAGAAAACAUAUUAUAAAAGGCUCGAUCGAAAACAAUCAGCUCCGAUUAGGCUUGUGAUAACAUUCUGGCAAUUCUGGUGAUUCGGGAUGACCGUUGGACCAUUGUCGUAAAACUCUAGCGAACAGUAGCGCUGGACUAUUCUCGUAAACCCAUUGCAUGAAUGGUUCCAGUCUUUAAUAAAAGUGGUACGACUUGAUGCAUUCAAUUAAUGUUUCUUCGAAGGAUGUUUAUAUACCCGUUUUUGUAAAAACUAAAAUAAACUAAACGUUAGAAACCGCACACUGUUCUAGUACAGUUAUAUGCUGUAAUAUUUCGAAGCACUCACUGUCGCUAUUUUGUAUGACUCAACCUUGGAAUAACAAUGCCGGAAAUGUGUAUGAUAUGGUUUUUACAAGAUACACCAGCUCCAAUUUAUUAGACCUUGAACAUCUACACAUUGCUUAGAACUUUGAACAUGUAACCACUGUGAUACCAUUUUACAAGGUCUGUGACUUUUCUCUGGAUUAUCAGUCUACAUCCUGGCAGGGCCUAUUUUAAGAUUUUUUGACGAAGCACGGUUACGGGAGAUGUGCGUUUGAAGAGGGUGGGUGUCUCCCCUUGGGUUCCGAAAAUAUUUCCAAAAUUUAACUAUCGGAAACACAAUUUCCCGCACUCUGGGCAUCACUUUUAUUCAGCCUUGCGACGCCAUAAUGUACCUUCUGAAAUCGUGACCAAAAUAAACGGCCAUGCCCUGCACAAUUCGAAUAAAAACUUUAAAAACUA